AUGAUGCUGUUGUUUAGCUGGGAUAUCCGCGCCCAGCUCUGGCGGAGCCGCAAUCCGAUGCCAACAACUGCGUUUGACGUGUGCGCAUGCACUCUUUGGUGGCGAAAGGCAGACGAUGAUAUUUCGUCAGCUAUUUCGCCGUCGCCGCAACUCACAAUGCCAGUGGCGAUUCAAUUCAAGUACAGCCACUUAUUCGAUAUCAUGGCCAAGAAAGUGGAACGAGAAGCCUUCCAGCCGACCACUUUCCAUGUAGCAGACCUUCCCUCUCCCCCCCCGAAACGCGUAUGUAUCCGUAAGGCUUGGCCAAGGGCGCAACCCCUUGUCGACCUCAACGUUCUUCCACCCGAAGCGGAAUCCCCGCCCAUGCCGACAACCUCCGCCGCCCCGUCGCUUGGCGAUCUCGGCGAAGACUUGUUACUCCAUAUCCUCCAGCUCGCGCAGCCCACGGCUUGGGACCUGUCUCGUCUCGCGUGCGUGAACCGCACGUUGCGAAACCUCUGUUACAACCCGGUUUUCUGGACCAAGCUUCGCAUAGGCCCCGGGAGCAUGCGCGCGGGAGUCGAGCAGCUCGCGUCGCGAUGCGCGCAUUUGGAGGAGAUCCACAUCGACGACCCGCGCUGCGAGCUGCACGUGCUGCACCCGAUAAUCAUGGCGUGCGGCCCGUCGCUAAAGCGCAUCGUCAUCGACUGCGAUCGAGAUGACACGAGCCGCAACGAGGCUUCCAUCUGCAGCGUUCUCUGGAUAGUCAGUCUUUACUGCAGUAAUGUUGAAAGCGUCGAGCUUAUAUCGAAUGGCGAAAAGGGGAACUUCAACUAUCUCGAAAACAAGGCCAUGUGGUACCUAACGUCGGGAUUCCGUCGCGUUCGCAGUUUCGCGUGCCUGUGCCAAAACAGCCUAACGAAACAGGCGAUUUACCUGAUGGUUAUCGCUUGGCGAGAACUCGCGUACCUGCGAAUCCACUGUGGUGCACUUGCGAAAGACGACCUUAUGGCCUUGCGAAAGUGUUACUCGCUGCGAGUGUUAGAGCUCAUCGGAGGGAACCUUCGCCAGCUUCUUGGCGAAAGCAGCGCGGCGACAGAUGCGGUCAUGCACCGAGACCUGACUACCCUCGCUUUGACGAACAUGCAGUGCGACGUUGACGACAUCGCGAAAUUAUCGAUGCUCCUGCCGAGCCUACAGCGGAUUAUUAUUCAAAAGUCUUCCCUACACACCUCCGCGGGUGACGACGUCGCGACGAAGACACGAGCCGUCGCAAACCUUCGUGCAUGGCUCGGGGCGCGGAAGAAUAUCCAGCUAUUUAUUAACGAGUGA